CGUAUGCGCAGUGCGCGGUGCCCGGCCAUGCCGAAGGGAGCGCGGCCGGCGGGGGCCAAGCAGGAGGAAUGGAAGGGGGGGGAGGAGGAAGAGCAACCGCUCAAGAAGGGCAAGAAGGACCGGAAAGGCAAAAAAUCCUUCUUCGAGGAAUUGGCCGAGGAGGAGAAGGCGGCGCCGGCCCCGCCCCCUCCCGCCCCCGAGAAGGAGGGGCCGGCACCCGCCCAGGGCUCGCGGCGGAAGCGGGACCGGCGGAAGGAGGGGCGGCGGCCGCGGGGGGCGGAGCCUGAGCCCGAGGAGGCGGAGCUAAGCCGGCGGCUCCAGGCCCUGGCGGCUGCUGCUGAUGAGGAGGAGGAGGAGGAGGAGGAGGAAGCUCCAACGGGGAGGAGGGGAGCGAGGAGGAGGAAGGGUGGGAAUGUUUUUGCUGCCCUGAACCAGGAGCAGAGCGAGGAGGAGGAGGAGGAGGAGGAAGAAAAGGAGAAAAAACCCAGCAAGGGCAAAAGCAGCAAGGAGGAAGAGGAGGCUGAGAAGAAGAAGAAGAAAAACCCCAAAAAGGAAAAACCCAAAGGGAAGAAACAGGGGAAAUGCCCCAGCGAUGAGGAUGAGGCCGAAGGCUCCGAGGAGGCUCCGGGCAGGAAGAACAAGUUCGGGGCCCUGAGGGACGAGGAUGAGGAAGAGGAGGAGGAGGAGGAAGGAGCCCGGAAGGGGAGCGAGAACGAGGAGGAGGAGGGGGCGGGGCCGAGGGCGGGGCCGGACGCCCGGGUCAGCAAAAAGGAGAAGAAGAAAAUGAAGAAGCAGGCGGAGUUUGAGCGGCAGGUGGCGUACGUGGGCGGCGGCCAUGGGCGAGCGGCGACUUCGCGUGUCGCAGGCCGAGCUGUGCGGCCGCGCCAGGCCAUGCUGGAGAACGCCUCCGACAUCAAGCUGGAGAAGUUCAGCAUCUCGGCGCACGGCAAGGAUCUCUACGUCAACGCCGACCUGUUCAUCGUGGGGCGGGCGCCCGCCUAUGACCUCGUGGGGCCCAACGGGAAGGGGAAGACGACGCUGCUGAAGCACAUCGCCAACCGAGCCCUGAGCAUCCCCCCCAACAUCGACGUGCUGCUCUGCGAGCAAGAGGUGCUGGCCGAUGACACACCUGCGGUGCAGGCCGUGCUCCGCGCCGACACGAAGCGCCUGCGGCUCCUGGACGAGGAGCCGCGCCUGCAGGGGCUGCUGGAGAGCGGCGACGACGCGGCCGCCGAGAGGCUGGAGAAGGUGUACGAGGAGCUGCGCGCCAUCGGCGCCGCCGCCGCCGAGGCCAAGGCGCGGCGCAUCCUGGCCGGGCUCGGCUUCACGCCCGAGAUGCAGAACAGAGCGACCCGCAAGUUCUCGGGGGGCUGGAGGAUGAGGGUCAGCCUGGCCAGGGCUCUGUUCCUGGAGCCGACGCUGCUGAUGCUGGACGAGCCCACGAACCACCUGGACCUGAACGCCGUCAUCUGGCUCAACAAUUACCUGCAGAGCUGGAAGAAGACGCUGCUGGUGGUGUCCCACGACCAGGGGUUCCUGGACGACGUCUGCACCGACAUCAUCCACCUGGACAGCCAGAAACUGCACUACUACAGGGGCAACUACAUGACUUUUAAGAAGAUGUACCAGCAGAAGCAGAAGGAGCUGCUGAAACAGUUUGAGAAACAGGAGAAGAAACUGAGGGACCUCAAAGCCGGGGGGAAAUCAACCAAGCAGGCGGAGAAGCAGACCAAGGAGGCGCUGACCCGCAAGCAGCAGAAGUGCCGCCGCCGGGCGCCCUCGGAGGACGCGGCCGAGGCGCCGGAGCUGCUGCGGCGGCCGCGGGAAUAUUGCGUGCGCUUCACGUUCCCCAACCCGCCCCCCCUGAGCCCCCCCGUGCUCGGCCUGCACGGAGUGGAUUUUGGCUACGAGGGGCAGGAGCUGCUGUUCAAGAACCUGGACUUUGGCAUCGACAUGGAAUCCGAAGUUUGCAUCGUGGGCCCCAACGGGGUGGGGAAGAGCACCCUGCUGCAGCUGCUCACCGGCGCCCUGACACCGCUCCGGGGGCAGAUGAGGCGCAACCAUCGGCUGAAGGUGGGGUUCUUUAACCAGCAGGCGGCCGAGCAGCUGCGCCUGGAGGAGACGGCGGCCGAGUUCCUGCAGCGCAGCUUCAACCUCCCGCACCAGGAGGCGCGGCGCUGCCUCGGCCGCUUCGGCCUCGAGGGCCACGCCACACGCUGCAGAUCGCCCAAGCUCUCGGGCGGGCAGAAGGCCCGGGUGGUGUUUGCUGAACUCUCCUGCCGGGAACCCGACGUGCUGAUCCUGAGCCCACCAACAACCUGGACAUGCGAAUCCAUCGACGCCUUGGCCGGCGCCAUCAACGAGUACAAAGGGAGGUGGGCGGUGAUCGUGGUGAGCCACGACGCCCGGCUGAUCACCGAGACCAACUGCCAGCUGUGGGUGGUGGAGGAGCAGGGCCUGAAGCCAGAUCGACAGCGACCCGGCGACUACAAGCCUUGA